AUGACGGAGGCAAGGAUGCGCUUACUUGAGGACGCUGCCAACUCCUCGAUCGGCUGCAUGAAUCGACACAUAGUGGUCUCAAUGGCGCUGCACUGCCAGCGCGCCGUCGCGGACGCGUUGAAGAUGGAGGACAUGCAGUAUGGGGCGUAG